GAAAUGACGUUUUGAAAAAGUUUGGUUAUUUGUUAGUUAAAGUUCCUAAUGCGAGAAAUUCUUCUCUAAAUCUUAAUAUUAGUUAGUAUAUAGGCCAAAGUGUAAUCUAGUGAAUCAAAAGCGUUGCUGUUCGCAUUAUAAGUGACAUCUCUAUCGCCGAGUUCAACCAUUGAUCACCAUUUUGUUUGAGUAAUGCUGAAGAGGAUGCAAUGAAUUUAAGUGUACAAGAACGUUUGCAUCAAAACCAAAGACAACUGCAGAAUUAUUUGUACGCCGGCGAUAUGCAAAGGUUGAAUGAUGGAUUUUGUCGAAGUAUGGUUGGGGUACCGCAGUUGGCACAAGACAGUCCUCGUCCUGAGCUGCGGCAACAAGUGAACCAGGUGAAGAGUUCCCGACCUCAUGCCAUCACUUGUUCCACUGGGAAUGGAAGAAAUAAAAGGAUAAGAACGAUCUUCACACCGGAACAGCUGGAGAGAUUGGAGGCGGAGUUUGAACGACAACAAUACAUGGUUGGACCUGAGAGAUUGUAUCUUGCACACGCGUUGCAACUCACAGAAGCACAGGUCAAAGUGUGGUUCCAAAACAGACGUAUAAAAUGGCGGAAACAUCAUCUAGAAGUAACACAACAACGUCUUGCCGUGCUGCAACGACACAGGCCGGACGAACGCGACGACGACUGACUUUCCGCGUAAACAUGGCCGACAGUGAAUAUUUACGAACAAUAGUGGUUUUUAAUUUAAAUUAUUAAUUAUUGUGAAGAUAUUAACAAACAUGA